GGGAGGGGGCUCCCCCACCCUCUCUCGGCCGCUGCGGCCCCGUCCGCCCGACGUGCGGUACCAUGGGCAGCCAGGGCUCCAAGGUGGCCAAGGGGGGGGGCAGCUCCGCACCGGCCGCCCCCACCGAGCCGGCCAAGGCCAACGGGCAGGAGAACGGCCAUCUGAGGGUGAACGGGGCCACGACGGCCCGAGCGGGCGGUGAAGCUGCGGUCCCUAACGGGAACGGUUCGUCCGAGCCGCUGGGAUGCAGCGGGGACGCCAUCGAGCCUGCUCCCCCCGCCGGAGCGGGGGAUGCUCAGCCCGAGGGGGCCGCGGCACCGCCCCGGGACACCCCCAAGAAGAAGAAGAAGUUCUCGUUCAAGAAGUCCUUCAAGCUGAGCGGGAUGUCCCUGAGGAGGAGCAAGAAGGAAGCCGGAGACUCCGCGGGCUCCAGUCCCUCGGAGGAGCAAGGCCAGGAGGGUCCCGGCAGCGCAGCCAACGGGACGGAGCCUCCCGCGGCCCCCGGCGGAGGGGCGGAGAGAGGCGGACCCGCUGCGGGCACCGAGGCCGGGAGAGGAGGGGAGGAGAAUGAGCAGCAGGCGGCGGAGCGACCGGGAGCCGGAGCCGGAGCCGAGCCCGGGGAACCCUCACACCCUGCGGGGUCUGACCCUGCAGCAGCCGCGGAGCAGCACGAGGAGUAGAUCCCGCUUGGAUGGCCCCACCCGGGAAUGUGUCGGACUCGCUGCUCCCCCCACACCUCCGUCCCACCCGAACUGCAGCAGCUCUCCCAGACCAACCCCUCCCCGAGGGAUGCUCUCCCGUCUCCAUCAGUUGGUUUGGAUCCCACCACUGCCACUGGGAGUAGUUCUACCUGAAUCCUUCACACGGUGGAGGGAGAUUAUCCUGGAUGUAACUGGAACUUACAGGUUGUGAUUGCUGCUGGCUCCUGGCUGACCUCGAAGCACAGUAACUUCAAUGGAUCCUUUUUCUUCUCUUUCAAUUUACAUUCCUGGGUCUGACUUUAUAUGAAAGUAUUUUGUGCUUUUUCCCUAGAAAUCAAUGGUUUAAGAGCUAAUCCUGUUAGGGUUUUAUAAUGGCUUACUCUUGGCUUAAAACCAUAAAGCUUGUAAGUCCCCUGUGUUUAAUUCUGGUCUAGGGGUGUGGGGUGGCUGGGCAGGGACCUGCAGCUGUAAACUGUGAAGCAACGUUGGGGUUCUCUGUAAAUAAUUACUUUUUUAAUGGCCAAAACACUUGAUUUGCAGUUUUCUAAAAAUAAUAAAAAAGAAGCUGUCUGGCCUUUCUUGUAACAUCUGAAA